AUGCUCUUCCCAUCUGUCCGAAAUGUCGGUCUUUUAGUCCUUGGGGCCUUGAUCGCGGUCAACCCUAUACUCAGUGGUGCUCACGAUGUUUCGGUACCCUUGGACCCGCUUGGCCCGCUCAAAGUCGCCCUCGACUAUGGCCUUGCAACAACUUGGCCGCAGCCGCAGGACCUCUACCUUACCAAUGCCAAGCGUAAUUGGCAAUUUAGCAGCCACAUCGUGUUCGCGAGUCGCGUCGGGGAUUCUGAUGAGGAGAACCCUCCAGUCUCAGACGGGCAGCUCUGGCAAAUCGCGCGAGAUGCGGUCGAUGAAAUGAUUCGCGACCGAAAGCAGUAUGGCAUCGUUGAUCGGGCAGAGCCCACGGCCAUGGGAAUUCUGGCCUGGGGCAAUGAAAUUAUCCUUGCUUCCUCUAUGAAGGGAGCGGGCUCUUUCUCCUAUGACUUUCUUGGCGGCGACACGACGGUCGGCAAAAGUCUUCAGAAAUGCCAGAUAGUCUGGAGAGAUAACAGCUUACCUGACAAAGAUAAGACGAAAAUCCACAAGAACAAGGGUAAUUGCGCAGAGCCUAUGGCGGCUCAUCUAUACUAUAAAAAUAACGGAAAGAACCUGAAAGAUCAAAAAGCGAGGGUUGGCACAUGGGUUAUACGGCAAGGUGUAUGGGCAAAGACAGAUCCAUGUGGAACUGGCAGCGAAGACUUUUGGGGUUGCAAUCUUUUCGCACAAGAUCAGGGGCUCAGGGCCUUAAGUACGACCACGCUGUCGGCGCCCUACACGCUGGCAAACCUUGCAGGAGGCCCGACCAUUCAGGAGCAGAUUCAGUUAUGCGGGGGUCAACCCAGAGUGUUUGUUGGCUAG